UAUCACUCGCCUCCACACGCAGGGACAGGGACAGGGAAAGGGAGGGAGCGAUCCUUCUUGGCCUCCGGCGCCGCCGUCUCCCCGCGGUUGCCUGAGCCAAGAACUGGAUCAGGAUCGGAGGACGACACAGGCGCCAUGUCAGUCAGUGGAUCCCGUUAGCCAUUAGCCAAGCUAGAUCCCUUUUCUCAUCUGCAACUGCAUUUCAUCCAGCGGGAAAAAGAAGAGCCAUCCAAUCGGUGUCGAUUCUCAUCGAUCCUUCGAUGCGUCGCGUCUGUUAAUUCUUUGGCUCGAAUCGCCGCCGCAGUUUGAUCGUUUUGCUGUCGUCGCCGCGCGCGUCGCUUGAUCUCAAGGCGUGCGUUUUGGCCCAUGACGACGGCCGCCGGAGCCACACUCUGCGCAGCGGCGAGGGACGACCAGGAGCUCCUCCAGAUCUGUCCCAGUAGUCUCCGGCCGUCGCUUUGUGGCGCGGAAUCCAUCGUGAUCUACCUCACCGCGCCGGGAAUAUCUGUGAUGCCCAUGCGGGUCAUGGCGUCCGACUCCAUCGCCUCCGUCAAGCUCCGCGUCCAGACGUCCAGGGGCUUCGUCGUCCGGAAGCAGAAGCUGGUCUUCGAUGGCCGGGAGCUCGCGCGCAAUGACUGCUGCAUCCGGGACUACGGCGUCUCCGACGGCAACGUCCUCCACCUCGUGAUCAGGAUCUCCGACCUCCGCCUCAUCACCGUCGAGACCGUGCAGGGCAACAAGUUCAGGUUCCGCGUCGAGCCCGGCCGCACCGUCGGCUACGUCAAGCAGCAGAUCGCCAAGGACCGCCUCCACCCCGCGCACCCCGACGACCAGAGCCUCGUGCUCCAGGGCGAGGUGCUCGACGACAGCAACCUCAUCCACGACGUCUGCAGGAGCGACGGCGCGGUCAUCCACCUGCUCGUCCAUCGCUCGGCGAAGCUCCGGACCAGGCCCGUCGACCGGGACUUCGAGGUUUCCAUCGUCGCGCGCAACGCUGGCGAGAUUCAUGACCAUUCGCCGAAGCAACAGACGAAAUUGCAGAGGGACUUUGCGAUCGAACCGGUGGUCGUCAACCCAAAGGCCGCACUGCCGUCGGUGAUCGAUAACCUGGUGAACGCCGUCUUCUCCGGGAUGGAGAAGGGGAACGCUCCGAUCAUGUCGUCGGAGGGCACCGGGGGCGCGUAUUUCAUGCAGGACGCGUCGGGGCAGGAGCACGUGGCCGUGUUCAAGCCGGUGGACGAGGAGCCCAUGGCGGCGAACAACCCACGCGGCCUGCCACCGUCACCCACCGGCGAGGGGCUCAAGAAAGGGACACGCGUCGGCGAGGGCGCCAUCCGAGAGGUUGCCGCCUACAUCCUCGACCAUCCUCCCGGUGCCCGGCGAUCAUUCUCACGACAAGGCGCCGCCGUCGUCGGCUUUGCCGGUGUGGCGCCGACCGCGCUGGUCCGGUGCAUGCACAGGAGCUUCAAGCAACCACCUUGUGAGCACGGGAAGACGAAGCAGCAGCAGCAGCCUGUGUUCAAGGUGGGAUCUUUGCAGGCGUUCGUGAAGAACAGCGGCAGCUGCGAGGACAUGGGACCCCGUGAGUUCCCGGUGCAGGAGGUUCACAAGAUCUGCGUGCUGGACAUCAGGCUGGCUAACGCAGACAGGCACGCCGGCAACAUCCUCACCUGCAGGGAGGAAGGCCGUGGCCUGUGUCUGGUUCCAAUCGACCAUGGAUACUGCCUUCCUGAGAGCUUUGAGGACUGCACAUUCGAGUGGCUCUACUGGGCGCAGUGCCGCGAGCCAUUCAGCGAGGAGACGGUGGAGUACAUAAGGGCGCUGGACGCCGACGAGGACAUCGCCAUCCUCAGGUUCCACACGUGGGAGGUGCCGGCCAAGUGCGCGCGCGUGCUGCGCAUCACCACCAUGCUCCUCAAGAAGGGCGUGGAGAGGGGCCUCACCGCGUUCGACAUGGGGACCAUCCUGUGCAGAGCGACGCUGACCGAGGAGUCCGUCAUCGAGGAGAUCAUCCAUGAAGCUGAAGCUGAUGGCGCCAUUGACGAUGAAGCUGCGUUCCUGAACUCUGUUUCUGAAUCCAUGGACCGCCGUCUGGAUGGGAUCAAGCGUGCAAGAGAAAGUAAUAUAACAACACGUACGUAACUACUAACUGCUCCCUCUUCUCGUAGAUACACUAUAACGUAAAUAAAAAAGGGGCGAAAUUAUACUGAUUAAACAGGCAAAGAUUGUAAUACUAGUGACUACUGAGUAUAAAUCUCGCGCAGCUGAUAAUUGAUUGAGUGUAUAUGUAUCAGAACUCAGAAUUGGAUUUAAAGGCCUUGAGGGCGUCUGCCCUUUUCUUUUUCUUCAUGUAAUCUAUCUUUAGCUACGAACCAUCUUUAACAUCUUUGAAUCUUGAUCAUUGUACCACCUGUUUUCCGCGAAGCAUGCUGUUUCGUUUUAAUUUUU